AUGCCUUCCGCACAACGAGCCUCGGCCAACAUUGGUCGCAGGACUCACAACACCACCAAUGGUGGGGGGGGAGACCACGACUACGACUACGACGAGACGAGCCGAAAAACAUUCUACAACACCGAAAUCAACAAGGCCUACGCUGAGCGCGACAGAUACCAAGGCCACUAUGAGGAAGCAACCAAGAAGCUGUCCGAGACGCACCAAGCCAACAGGGAUCUGAAGUCGCAGCUCGACGCGCUCAAGAAUGAAGUCAAGGUUUUGAAAAUCGCCCUGCAGAAUUACAAGCACGAGAAUGACGCCUUGGCGCGGCAAAACGAAGCGCUCGGGCAGAAACACGCUACGUUGGAAGCCCGCUUUCAGUCCCUCGCCCUGAGUAACACGGGCGCCGGCGCCGGCGUUCCACCUGCUGCUCCAUCGCCCAGCGUACCCAUCGCUCACUCUGAUCGAACGAAAUCGAGCAAGAGAGACAAGGAGCGCGACCGAGACCGGGACCGAGACCGGGACCGUGACCGGGACCGUGACCGGGACCGUGACCGUGACCGUGAUCGUGACCGCAAAAAGGAAAAAGAGAAGAAAGAAAAAGAGAAAAAGGAAAAAGAGUACCAGACCGAAAAGGAGCGCCUCAAGAACCGCUUCGAGGAACGCAUCCCCUCGUCAACAACAACGUCCAACUCGUCCGCUUCCUCUAGGGGACGCCGGCAGAGCUUCAUCGAGCCGUGGGGUCCCGGAGCAAGGCCGCAAUCGCUUAUGCCGGGCAGCCACAGCCAAGUUGCUGCAACGACACUACACGCUGUGUCCUAUUCGUCUGUCCCAAGGACAGCUAUGCCGUUGGUGGCGAGCUCGUACAACACCGGGGCGGUGUAUCCAGACUACGACUGCGACGAUGGCAACUACCACCCUUUUCCGGUUCCACGAUGA